CAGUCAGGGUUCACUGUUGACAAGGAUAUCCUGCAAAUGAAACCACACAGGAGACUCCAGAGAGCAGGCUACAGUACAACCCGUUGUGUUUUGUAAGUCGAUUUUCCUGAAAGCGUCAGGUAAAUUACGAAAUUGGAAUUUGUCUAACUACAUUGCGGUAAGGCUUGCAAUCAAUCUAUCGUUUAAUUGUAUUAUAUAGACAGUAUUUAGAAUAUUUGUUUAUAAACAUUUGUCCUUAGUUUACGCGCAGUCGCGCUCUUCGUUCACGAAAUUUGGCUACUCAAAAGGAGAUUGAGGAUACUCCAGAAAGUCACUCACUAGAUGUUGAUGUAUACAAGAGUAGCUCGACCUGUUCAACAGCUUUGAAAAGGUGAGUACGGUGCUACUGAAGAAACUGCAGCGGACCUUCAACCACAGGUAGCCUACACGAUCUGACCCGCGAAUGAAAAUCGUCUGGGAGCGCCUGUCCGCGCAUCGUCACAGCCAUGUCACUGGGCACAUUUCACCUGAUGCAGACUCUAAAGAAGUCCCCGGCCGCAUUACGGCGUCGGUUUCAGCGCGAUCGUACUGAGAGCUUGUCGCACGGUGACCCUCUCUUCAAAGUGUACUACUUGGGGACUGAGAAAAUAUACUCUCUGGAUAUGGAGCAGGCCCGAGAAGCUAUAGGUCGACUGCUGGGCGGAGUCCCAGCACCGGGGCUGGGGAAGCUGGCUAAGGACCAUGCCCUGGUGGUGCGUCCGCGAUACGUGGAGGUGAAGGAGAUAGCCACGGGCCGCCAGUUAACGAAGACCUACCUGAAGGACAUUGCCUACUGCGCGGCCGAUGCCGACCACCCAAACGUUUUCCUCUACAUCUGCAGGCAGCAGGGCCAGCAACUGCAAUGCCGAGUGUUCUGGUGCAGCCGUGCCGAACGGGCCAAAAAAUUGACCGCCUGCUUGGCUCAUUCAUUCCAGAGGGCACUGAGCGACUGGCAGGACACAGCAGCCAAUCACGCGCAGGCAGAAGGGUCCGAGGAGGAGGGUUCCGGAAGCACCAUGUUUUCCGUUCACCUUGCGAAAGGUGGGUCUCUAGAGGACGAGGGGCCAGGCACCUGGCAGUCCUCUGAGAGCGAUCAUGAGGAUAGUGAGCAGCAAUAAGGGCCCUAGGACCGAAGACCAGGCUGGCUCUGAUUGGCUGUAGCUUAUCCAACCGGCCCAACAAGAUCCCCUGGGACUCCUGUGCUGUGGGAAAUGUCGGGAAGGACUAUAGUGAGACCGGGCAGGCUGAUGCCUGCUUCCCACAUUUUUUAUUAAAGCACUGUGAGAGCAGUCUGUGGGAUCCUGUGGGAUUUCUUUUUUUAUUUUUGUGUUGGGUGAAGAGGUUGAAGGUGAAGUGCAGAAAGAUACCCCAGACAGAGUCAGACCAAGGUUCAGAGUACAUACAGAUUCAGACGAAGCCUCAAACUUAAGGACUGUGUACAUCUCCUUAUAUGGUAUCGAUGCCACUGUUACAAAUGGAGAGUAAGGCUGUGCUCCUGCUGAUGACUUGCAACACACAUCAGGGUAAAAUAUUCCAGUUGUAGUCAGGAAGUUCUACCUGUGCUGAGGCUGUCAUCAUCAUGGACGGACACUACAGAGAUUACCUGAAAACUGCAUUCAAACAUAAAGGCAAGGCCAGGGGUGGGCAUUUAUGGCCCUGAAGGGCCUCUGUGUUUAUAGGUUUUUGUUUCCACAAAUUACCCUAGCCAAAUUAACUAAAUGGCUGCAUACACCAAAACCUGUUCACUCGGGUUAUACCACAGUUACACUUUUCAUAUUGAGACUUACGUAUUCAUGAGGAAAUUUAGAUAAAUUUUCUAGUUAAAUCAUUGCCAUGAAAUCCCAAAACAGAUACAGGCUACCUUGCCCAUCCCAGGGUUAGACUCAAUAUGACAUUGCCCAUUGCAGCUUAAAAUUAAUAAUAAUAGUUUUUAAAAAAAGCAAACAUAAUUUUGACAGGAUCCUAAAAGCGACUGGUUACCAGCCUUUGUAAGUUUGUAUUUAUUCCACAACCAAAUGACAUUUGACUAUAAAUUGAAUUUUAGUAGGUUUAGCAGAUGAAAAAGUCUGGCUACAUUAUUUCCCAUUAACUCUGUUGUGAAACUGACCACGGAUUUAUUUGAUUAUGUUCUCGUAUUAAGCUAUAUGUCAUGUUGAGAAUCUGAAACACAUAAUGCAAUUAAAAUGAUUAUAUUAUGAUCACUAUAGUUGUGUUCAGUAGAGCGUGGAGGACAGAUAGUAUGGUAAGGACACAAUGAGAUUACACACAAUUCAGAUCUCGCAUCCAUUUAAUUUCUGUUCUAACCCACUGUAUGACUGAGAAGGUCUCCCACACAAAUUCCAUUUUUUUCCAGUGUCAGUUUCUCGAAGAUUCUGGCCAGUUACAGAAUCACGACCACAGGCAGUGAUGAAACCUGAAUUACUACUGUAUGCCAGUCUCUUCCUUUAAAUGUGACAGGCAAAUGUAUGCAAAGACCGGCUGAAUUAGAUCAAACUGGAAUCUUUGUUUCCUGUUCUUUGAUAGAAUUUUGUAUCUCUAGUUGCAGUGUAAUUCUAGAAUACCAAGCAGUUUUUGUGUCCAAUCCUGUUGUCAGAUUUUUACUGUCAGUCAUAAUUCUAUUAUCCAUUCAAUACCUGUUUACAAGGAAUCAGGCUGAAAACACUGCCAGGAGCCUUCACAUUUCAACAGGGUUUACACUCUCCAGUGUUUGUACAGUACUGCAAUAUAUUUCAAUGUAAAUUGAUCAGCAGAAAUCUAGAGUAUUAAUGUCUUUGAGAAAUCAUAAAAGGUGUUUCUCUUCACCUGUGUAAAUUAACAAGACAAAUUAUUGGAUAGUGUGAUUUUUAGGUUUUUUUUAAUGAACUGCUGUAGCUUAAAAUGAGUAGUGUAAUUUUUAUUAUUUGGGGGUCCUCAUAGAUUCAAGGGCAUUUAGAGUGGUACAUUGGUAACUGCCUUUACACAACAAUUUUUCCCCUCAUAUAUGGAGAUCCAAUAUAUUAUGAUUCUAGAUUUGUCUUUUUGUGACAAUGGAAGCCUGUUCUGAUAACAUUUUCAGCGUUGAAUGUAAAUAUCAAGACAUAACACUGACUGAUUGUGAAAUAAGGAACUGUUACUUGAAAUGUACAAUAUAGUGUAAUUUGCAAUUAUGCAUUGAAUAACAAAAUGACAUUACAAAAUAUGCAAAUUGUAGUUUCUUUAGUCUCACUGGAAUUGGAAUGUGAAUAUAACCAACAGAAUAUAUGAAGCAAAAGGGACAAUAUAUUGAUAUGUAUUGAAAAUUUGUUUUGAGUGCUUCAAACUAUUUUAAUCUGUUAUUCAGUUUAUUACAGUAACUUUAAAAAAAAAUGUAUGGCAAUAUAUUUUUGUUGAACAAGAGCGUAGCAGCAGAAAACUUAUCAGACUGUUAGGGCUGAAAUACUAUAAAAAUUAUUUUAUUAGUGCUGUUUAUUAGUUCAUGGUUUUGAACCAUAAAGCUCAUCUGCUGAUGCUCAUCAUCUACCAGUCAGUUAAGUAAGCUAGUUCUGGUAGAUGUGGGGCAUUUUAUUUCUUAUGCCAUUUUUUGAGACUUGGUCUCAUCCAUGUAUAAUAGCUGGAACAAUACUUGUACGGUCUGUAAGUCUUCCAUUGUAUUCCGUUCAGUUGCACGUCAUGCACUCAAUGUGGGUAAAGCUUGUUUGUCCCGAGAUGUUUUACACAUUAUCAAUCUGGCGUCUCAAGUCAUCUAGUCAAUGAGGCUUCAUUAAUAAUAGGAGCUACCAUGUUAUCAGUGACUGACUGAUUUGGAUCAAUCACUGUGUUCUCUGGUGAAAAACAGUCAUAACUCAUUAAAGCAAAUCAGAUAUUGCCAGCUUCCUGCAGUUCCACUCAUUACAGGGCCCAUGAAACUUCACUUUGCCAGCACUAGUGGAUGUUAUUUAAUGCAGACAGAUUCAGAACAACUUGUUUGUCUUUGUUAUUAACCACUCCUGCUUCCAAAUGCAUUAGAGCAGCAUAUUGUUACAGGAUUUCAAAAUCUUUGUCUGUUACCCUGCACCUUAUAUGUGUGUUUUCUAUUAUAUGUUAAUACCAAUACAUCAAUGAUUAAAAAAAAAAAAAGAAAUUCCAUCAUUGAUAAUGGUAUUCCAUAUUAGUGGCUCAAAUGCUUUGUACUGAGGACUGCAGCUGUCAGUAUCAGAUUUUAAGUUUAAGCACAAUUUUAGAUGUGUCCACACACUGAAUUAUAUGUUUUAUGGAUUAAACCUGUGGAACUAAUACUAA